AUUAAAAUACGCGAUGUAAACCGAGAUAUGGGCGUCCUGACUCGUCUCUGAGACACAAUACACUGUGUUGUUGUUGUUACGGUCGUUCGCACUACUUGUGGACAGGUUCCUGAAGAUGUCUUCUAUGAAGAGUUACCGUAAUGCUGAUCCUUUGGUGCAGUAUUGUGUAAAUCAUUCAUUGAGAUUAACCGACGUGCAGAAACGACUGAAUAAUGUAACUCUGCAGCACCGUAGAGCGUCGAUGUUGGGGGCACCUGAGGUUCUGCAGCUCAAUGCCAACAUAAUGCAGGCUAUCGGGGCAAAGAAAGUACUAGACAUUGGGGUGUUCACAGGCGCCAGUUCACUCUCUGCUGCUCUGGCACUGCCUCCGGAUGGAAAGGUCCACGCCCUUGACAUAAGUGAAGAGUUUGCCAACAUAGGCAAACCGUUCUGGGAGGAAGCUGGAGUUAUCAACAAGAUCAGUCUGCACAUCGCUCCAGCUGCUGAGACUCUCCAGAAGUUCAUUGACGGCGGAGAAGCUGGCACCUUCGACUAUGCUUUCAUUGAUGCCGACAAAGGGAAUUAUGAGCUGUACUAUGAACUUUGCCUCACUCUCUUGCGCUCUGGUGGAGUCAUUGCCUUCGACAACACACUCUGGGAUGGAACUGUGAUCGACCCCACUGAUCAAACCCCUGAUACGGUGGCUAUAAGGAAAAUUAACGAAAAACUGAGAGAUGACCAGAGAAUUAACAUCUCCUUCCUGAAAAUUGGUGAUGGCUUGUCUCUCUGUUUUAAAAAAUGAUUUGUAUUUUUCACCAGAUGGACACACGUCUUCCGCAAAAGUAAUGCUGAUGACGUUGACAAUGAUUGGACAAUUUGACCACCAAGACUUCAUUAAAAGCAGUUAUAAACCUA